AUGUUUUGGAUUUUCAUUUGUGCUCUAACAUGUUUGUCAUCAGUGGAAUCAAAGAUCAUCGUAUCAGAGAGAGUGCCAGUGAGUAGCGCGCCAAUAUCCAGUUACCCAGUCCAGGACAACGAGCCUAACAAAUCGCAAGGCAGGAUAGUGGGGGGUCGCAACGCCACUUGCGAGGAAUUCCCUCACCAAGUGAGCUUCAUUGUGAACAACUCCUAUUUCUGUGGGGGGUUUAUAGUCAGUGAAAGAUUCAUCCUUACAGCUGCACACUGUGCUCAAAACGUGGACCCAUCAACCGUAGUAUUACGAUCAGGAAGCACUUUUCGUACAAACGGGACCAUCUUAUCUAUUAUUGAAGUAAUCCCUUACCCCGAAUACAAUAACCCAGCAUUUGAUAAAGAUAUAGCUGUUAUGAAGACAGCAGAAACUAUAAAAUUUGAUUCCUGCACUCAACCGAUAAAGCUACCGCCCAAGGGAUUGACUGCAGAAGCCGGGACUACAUUAGUCGUGAGCGGAUGGGGACGCACAAAGCAAGGCGCUUCCACGAUUCCCGAGCGACUGAUGGCAGUCAACUUAAGAGUAGUGGAUCACAGACUCUGCCAAGCUGCGUACUUCCAAAUGGAAAUAACCGAGAACAUGUUGUGCGCCGGUAACUUUUUCCUGGGAGGGGAGAGUACUUGUCAGGGUGAUUCUGGAGGUGUGGGUGCAAUCGAUGGUGUGGCCCGGGCUAUCGUGUCUUUCGGCCGCGGCUGCGGCCAGCCUUUCUCGCCCAGCGUCUUUACAGACAUCUCCGCUCCCAAAAUGAGGGACUUCAUCACAAAACAUACAGGACUUUAG